UCAGUAACCCUCGAUGCUUUGGAAGAUGUAGUUCGUUGCAUCAAAUUUUUGCUUAUAAUUACGUAAAAAUACACAAUUAUUCUUUUAUUCGAUGUUUUGUCAAUAAUAAAUGUUUUAAAUCGUUAAUACAACUAAAAACAAGUAACUUGCUCAAGUAAAACACCAGAAAUGUACAUUUUUAACCGAAAAUGCGUUCAUAGAAUAUGUGUUGAUUGUAAAGAUUACCGUAAAAUAAUAAUAUAACGGAAGUUUAUGAAUUAAUCUUUAAUUGCAGAAGAGUUUAAUUAAACAUUCAAAUAAAACUAGGUACGCCUCGCUAAUUUUACUAACAAAAUUGUAUAUUUUCAACUCAAGGUCAUCCUUGUCAUUCUUUUUCAUGCUAACAUAACCUAGCUUUUUGUACUGUUAUAAGAAUCGGUAUUUUCAUUCUUUCGGUGACAAAACUAUAUUGUAAAAGCAUAAAAUGGGUGUAGUAUUAGUGUUUUUGUUUUAAAAGUAAUUUAAAAUGAAUUGCAACUAUAAUGUGCCAGUUAUUCCUCCAAAUCUACGAAGAGAAGAAACUAUCGUCCAGAUAGCAGAUACUUUAGAAUACUUAUCAAAUGUUACUAACGAUAUAUUUAACAGAAUUAACAAUAGGAUCGAAUCAAAUACAAGAAAACUUGCUUCUAUUCAAGAAAGAGUUAACAUUGCAGAUUCAAAAGUUGAAAAAUUAGCUGGUGAGAAAAAGGCAAUUCAAAUAUUUUCAAGUUCCAAAUAUCCUGCUGCUAACUUGAAUCAAAAAUAUAUUUCAAUUUUUGGUAAGGAUGACAAAAUACAGCCAAAACACACAAAAUUUAAGUACAAAGAAACGGUCAACACCAAAGAAGAACCUUCUGACCGCCUAGAAUACUAUCAUGUCAAAUCAAAGAAUACUCCUGCAGAUUAUGAAACUAAAGGACUAGGAAAGAUUCCAGAAGACAUUGAAUUUUUUACUGAUUUGCUACUGUACAACACAGGAAAGAAUUUAUACCAAGACUAUAUUACAUUAGAUCCUCUUGAAAACUCUGAAAUUCCAAAACAAAACAACCAGUCAUAUAAAUCAAACAUUGAAGAUGCUCCGGUGUCAAUUACAGACCAAACAACUCUCAGAAGUUCAGAUGAAGAUUCUUAUUUCUAUUCGCCAGAUUUAGGAGAAGUGCCUUCUUUAGAAGUACCCCUAGAUUUGCCAGAUUUACCAGGAAUUGCAGAUGACUUAAGAUAUGAAGCAGCUGAAGAAUCCUUUGGUAUUGCACCUUCAAUUUUAACACCAAGUGAUCUAAAACGUUUACCUGAUACUAAUAUAACACAUAUUGAUAAUUUUGAAAACCAUACAAUUGACAAAACUAAUUCUGAUCUGUCUGAAGUUGAUACAAUUCAGGAUAAACCUCUACCUGAAAUUAAAAAAGAAGUAAAGCCACAACCACAAGUGGAUGUGUUUAAUAAAGUUGUGGACCCUCCACAGCAAAAUAUAGAUAUCAAUAUUAAAUCUGAAGUUGAUAAUAACGUGCCUGAAAAGACUGAAACUCCUGAAACGAAUAUUUCCACAAACAAAAAACAGGAUAUCGAAGUAGCAAAGAGCAAAAUGAAAUUAGAUUUACCAAUUUCAAAUGAUAAUGCUCAUGCUACUUUAAUGGAAGCUAUUCGAAAAACAGGAGGAAUCCAGAAUGCUAAACUACGACCCAUAUCUCCUAAAACCUCUGACGUUUCAAAAACUGGCGGUGAUCUUAUGGCAGAUUUACACGCAAAAUUGUCCCUUAGAAGAAAGGGAAUAUCUGGGGCGAAAAGUGCCGAAAAUGCUCCUAUCGAUGCCACCUCUACAUUAGCUAGGAUGGCUGAACUGAUUCCCCCUCCGGCACUAGUCAGUAGCAGCGGAGGAGAAACGGAUGAUACUGACGACGAUGACUGGGACGAUUGAUAACGAUUAUUCCGUUUGCGUAUAUAAGUUUACAUUAUAAACAUAUUAUUUUUUUGAAAAAAUAUAGAAUUAUUAAUCA